GCUUUUGAUGAUCGAUCAUUAUUAUCGCGCGAUACAUGUGAUUUUUGAAAGAUAAGCAUCCACCAUGAUAAUGGGUGUUCAAUUAGCUAUCUUUAUGUAUGGGCCUGGCCAUGUACAUGUACUAGCUAGCCAUAGCCAUAAGAUUGAAAUUACCGAGAAGAAAUAAUGGAGAAGAACAAGAAAAAACUUGAUGGUAGAAGCUUAAUAGACUUGGUGUUCUCUUGGUCUCUCCGGGAUGUUCUCAAUAAAGAUCUUUACAAAAAUCAGGUUAAAAAGAUCCCAGAGACAUUCUCUUCAGAGACAGAUUACAAGAAGUCAUUCGUUCCUUCAUUAAUUGAGGAAACAUAUGCUGAUUUGUUUUCCAACAUAACAGCAGUACUGUCUCAAGCACCUACUUGGGAAAUAGACUCUGUUGAGAAAUCUAGAAAUUUUGAACCGCCCAAAGACUUGUUUUAUGAAAUUACAUUGGAGGGAGAUGAAGAUGGUGGCUCGGAGAGCGAUGAAGAAAAAACUGAACCUGAGAAAGGUGAUCUUAUUGCCUUGACUGAUGUUAGACCAAAAUGCAUUGCUGAUUUGAACAGGCCCAAAAGAUUCUAUCUUAUAGCUUAUGUUCGUGGGCCAAGAAACAUGUUGACUGGUAAGAUCCCGAUACUGGCAUCAAAACCCAUUUGGAUUGAUCAAGACGUGCACGAGUACGAGAAUGAAACACUUAUUGUGAACAAGAAACAAACACUUUUUGCAGUUUAUCUUAUGAAUUUGAUUACAAAUGUUCGUAUAUGGUGUGCACUGAACCCACCGAAAGGGGGAAACACAAACAUCAUUAAAACAGUACUGCAAGCCAAUUCACCAGUUGAUGAAAAUUGUAUGACUUGCUUUUCUAAAGGAGAAAGCAAUCCUGCCCCUUCUGAUCUACUGGAAUACAUGAUUAGCUCUUAUAAUCUAAAUGGCUCUCAAGAAGCUGCUGUUUUAAGCUGCAUUGGUAUGAGAGACUGCAAUCAUCAAAAUCCUGUCAAACUGAUAUGGGGCCCUCCAGGAACCGGGAAAACGAAGACCGUUGGUGUCCUAUUACAUGCCCUCCUGAAAUUGAAGAGCGGAACAUUAACAUGUGCUCCAACUAACAAUGCGGUUUUGGAAGUUACAACACGGCUACUGAGGUUGGUUAGGGAGUCGCUAGAGUAUGAUCCAUACGGGCUUGGAGAUAUAGUUUUAUUCGGGAAUGGUAAGCGAAUGAAGAUUUAUGAUCGUUUCAAUCAUCCUAAAAAAAGAAAGAAGUUUGCUUAUCGUAAAGAUCUUCUUGAUGUAUUUCUCGACUAUCGUGUUGAUGUGCUUGUGAAGUGCUUUGCUCCUAAAUCUGGCUGGAGAAAUGGCUUAGAAUCAAUGAUAUCUUUGCUUGAUGACCCUAAAUCGCAGUACGAAAUAUACUUGGAAAAAAAAGAAGAAGAAAAAAAGGAGGAGGAAAAAAGAAAGGCGGAAAGAAGAAAGGAGGAAAAAAGGAAGGAAUAUAAAAUGAAAGAGGAAAAAAGAACGGUAUAUAAAAGGAAGGAGGAAAAAAGAAAGGAAUAUAAAAGGAAGGAGGAAAACAAUGAGGGGGAUGAUGAACUCAAAAAGGACGAUGAUGAUCUUUUGACGUUUGAGGAGUUUUUAAAAAAGACAUUUUGUUCAAUUCAUGAGAAACUGAAGUUUUGUAUGGUUAAUUUGUAUACGCACUUACCAACUUCUCUAAUACCGUUAGAGGUAGUGAAAAAGAUGAGAAGAGCUCUUACUUUGCUUAAAUCUCUUGAAAAUGAAGGGUUAUUACAAGGGCUCAAUAAUUUUGAAGACAUUGGAAGCAGAGUGGGUUGCCUUGCAAAGUUGAGUAUGAGAGAAGAGUGCCUUCAGAUACUGAGAUAUCUGACAUUAUCUCUGACAUCCUUUGUUCCAAAAUUCAUUGAUCCUGAUUUAAUAAAAAACUUUUGCUUGGCAAAUGCAAGCCUAUUGUUCUGUACAGCUUCGAGCUCUGCUAAAUUACACCGUAUUACAAAAAAGAUACCAUUGGAAUAUUUGGUUAUCGAUGAAGCUGCUCAGCUUAAAGAAUGUGAAUCAGCUAUUCCUUUACAGCUAUCUGGUGUCCGCCAUGUUAUUCUCGUAGGGGAUGAGAAGCAGCUCCCUGCAAUGGUUAUAAGCGAGAUAUCCAAGACGGCUAAAUUUGGAAGAAGUUUGUUCGAAAGACUGGUCAUGUUGGGGCGACAGAAACACCUUCUUGAUGUCCAGUACAGGAUGCAUCCAUCCAUCAGCUUAUUUCCAAACACAGAGUUCUAUGAUAAACAGAUUUCAGAUGCUCUAAAUGUUAAAGGAAGAGACUAUGAGAAGCGUUUCCUUCAGGGCAACAUGUACAGCUCCUACUCUUUUAUAAGCGUAGUUCAUGGAAAGGAGGAAUUUGGUCUCGGGUACAGUCGGAAGAAUAUGGUUGAGGCUGCUGUAGUCUCUGAGAUAGUUGGGAAUCUUUUUAAACAAUUCCUUGACACAAAGAAGACGGUUAGCAUAGGAGUUAUAUCACCGUAUAAGGCUCAAGUUUCUGUUAUUGAAGAGAGGGUCAGAAAAUACAGCGAGUCUAGAAGUGGCUUCAUUGUGAAUGUUCGCUCUGUUGAUGGGUUCCAAGGAGGUGAGGAUGAUGUAAUAAUUAUCUCUACUGUAAGAUGUAAUGGGAGUGGAAGAGUAGGUUUCCUUUCCAACCGACAAAGAGCAAAUGUGGCACUGACUCGAGCAAGGUAUUGCCUUUGGAUUUUGGGGGAUGGGGUGACUCUACAAAAGAGUGACUCUGUUUGGAAGAAACUAGUCCUUGAUGCCAAGGACCGUGGGUGUUUCUAUGAUGCCAAUGAGGACAAGAGCUUGGCUCGGGCAAUUACUGCUGCAUUGGUGGAGUUUGAAAAGCUUGACGUUUUACUCAGUAAUGACUCUGCACUUUUCAGAGAGGCUAGAUGGAAGGUUUACUUCAGCAACAACUUCCAGAAAUCUAUCGCUAGAAUUCACAAAGCAGAGAUUCGUCGUGAAGUGCUUUUUCUGUUGGCAAAGCUUUCAAGUGGUUGGCGCCAGCCUCAUGAGAAGAGAAACCUCAUUGUCCAUGAUGGCACUUCUUCUCAACUUUUAGAGAUGUGCAAGGUCGAUGGGCGGCUAAAUCUGGUUUGGACAGUAGAUAUUCUAAAGGAGAAUUCAUGUCACAUUCAGGUUAUGAAGGUUUGGGAUGUUGCGCCAUUAUCCGAUAUUAAAAAACUAGCAAAGGAUCUUGACAUGGUAUUUGGGAACUACACAGUGGAUAAGAUGCAUCGCUGUGAACACAGAUGUGUAGAGGGGAGUUUAAUUGUCCCGAUGAGAUGGCCAUUGGACUCCACCUCCACUAGGUGUCCUGAAGGUGACAGUGUGUGGUUCCUCUCGAAACCGCUAUCCUCAUUAAGUUUAAGGGAUAAGCCAGAAACAUCAGCUGAAACUUCUAGAAACCAUUCCAGAAAGUAUAGAAUUAGGAAUGAAUCGGAAGAUGUUGGCUUGAAGCAAAAGUGGCAAAGGCGCGCGGCAGAAUGACUAUUGAGGUAAGAUUGCCUUCUUUUUGGUAUUCUGGACUUGAAAAGGCAGAAGUGGCAGAAUGACCGAGGUUUUAAUGUAAAUUGGCUUGGAGUUAUUGUAACUUAUUUUGGUAUCAACUUAAGUUGGCUUGGAGUUA